UAUGGAUCCAUGGAAGGGUGGAAACUAUCGAAACCAACUAACUACAUAACUAGGUACUGAACAUUAGGAGUAGAAAUAGAUCUGAGUCGCGCCACCGCACCUUUCUGCCUCGACGCCGGUGACUCUCACGUACUGGCGGCGCCGUGACGCUGGAAAGUUUAGCGAACUCCACACAUCCAAACAGACGUUGAUCCAUCGACCCGAACCAAGAAUCAACACCGAGAGCUCGGCGAGAUGAUGUCACUGAAGCCCUCUGCAUCCGCCGCCGCCGAAGGCUGCAGGAUUGCCUCAACCCCUCGCUCCGCGCUGACGGCGAGGUCAACACCAUUGCAAGUAAUUAAUAUUUUGGGAAACUUCGUUAGAAUUUGGUCUGUGUAUUCGUUGUAUAGCCACUUGUCCAGUACUGGGGAUUCAAUAGUUGGCUUUAUCUUCAGUUGCUUUGUACCAGCUUCUGUCAUCUUCUUAAUCUUACAGAAGCCUUGGAAAGGUCGGCCUUUGCCCAACUCACAGAUUGUUCCUACAGUUGUCAAUGGCGGAGUUCUGGCAUUAUACUUCGUGUUGUGGGCUAAAGGACUCCUUGCUUGCAGACCACUAGUGGAACUAGUACGAGGCUCAUUGUUACAAACAGGCCGACUAUGCCACAAUUUGCUGACUUGCCAAGAGUACGCAGGUGCACUUCUUGGAGUUCUCUCUGCUGCUUUAUAUGGAAGGAAGGUUAAUAUAUGGAAAAAGAUUGGAGGGCUCGCUGCUAUGCUGCUAGCAUACUAUCUGUUAUCAAAUGGUUGGGCUACAAGAACAAAUUCACCGCUAUAUAGCUUUGGAAGUGAACCACUGGAGAAGGCUACAGAAACUACCGGGAUGAAGGAAAUGGUUCUGCCAAUUACUGCUGGAAUUUUAUCAGCUUUGAGGAGAGUAUUGGCUCGGCGAGUCUCUCUCAAGAAUCAACUCAAAAGGCGACUUCAUGCGAUAACUGUUGCUUCUGCUACAUGUUUUCUUUUUCCAUUUGCAAUGUGGGAUACAAUUCUAGGUUCAACAUCUGACAGCAUAGUUAAAAUGCAACUUCCAAGCUGGGCAUAUUUGAGUACUGUUUUGUUCGGAAUGGUGCUUAUAUUCUAUGUUGAUAAUGUUGCUGAGGAAAGCUUGCAUCUGGUCUUUUCUUCUCCAAGGCACUUAGUGGUUUCAACAGGUUGCAUCAUUAUUUUGGAGAUAUUAUACAAAAUGGAUUUCUCCCUUCCUGGUUUGCUGCUUUGUUCCGUGAUUUUGGGAUUUGGUAUUUUGGAAGCAACCUCCUUGGACCGAUCAAAAAAAAGGCCAUUGGAGGCACAUGAACCGUCAAAUGGAUCACUUCACAAUCAGUUGCGGAUUUCAGAACUUCCAAUGUAGAAUGAGGCUUGUAUAUAUUAAUUUCGGGCGUAAUUAGACAAGUCUUGAACGUUAUAGAGAACUGCCUUUAUUUGCAUGUGUUGCAAAUGUAUGCUUAUCUAGUCAUUUGGCCUGGGACGCGAGGGGUUGUCAUAUGUUGAUUUCGAUCAGGGGAAAAUAGUUAGAGAAGUUUUGACUUA